GGUGCCGGCGCCCCAACGGCUCCUUCCUCGCUUGUGCCCGCGAUGCCCGGGCAGGACGGGGCCGGCGCUGCCUCCGUCUCGGAGCCGAUGCUGAGUGAGGGCUCUGCUGCAGCGCCUGGAGGCCGCGGGCCUUCGUGCACCGGGCCCAUCUGCUAACAGUGCAGACUAAUUACUGAUUGGACUUAAUGCACGCAAAAUCCUGAGCCUGCUGGACUCUCAACCUUUCUGCUUCCCAGCAUGGACCAGGAUUAUGAGAGACGUCUUCUACGCCAAAUCAACAUACAGAAUGAGAACACAAUGCCUUGUGUAGCAGAGAUGAGAAGAACCCUGACGCCUUCCAAUUCUCCCAUGUCUUCUCCCAGUAAGCAUGGUGACAGAUUCAUUCCCUCAAGAGCUGGGGCCAACUGGAGCAUCAACUUCCACAGAAUAAAUGAAAACGAAAAAUCACCAAGUCAAAACAGAAAAGCAAAGGAUGCUACCUCAGACAACGGCAAAGAUGGCCUUGCCUACUCUGCCUUGUUGAAGAACGAACUUUUAGGAGCAGGGAUCGAGAAGGUGCAAGACCCACAGACAGAAGACAGGAGGCUGCAGCCAUCCACCCCAGAGAAGAAGUCUCUCUUCACUUAUUCACUCAGCACAAAACGUUCUAGCCCAGAUGAUGGCAAUGAGGUCUCACCGUAUUCCCUGUCUCCUGUCAGCAACAAAAGCCAGAAACUGCUCAGAUCACCUCGGAAACCUACUCGGAAAAUCUCCAAGAUUCCUUUCAAAGUGCUGGAUGCCCCAGAGCUGCAGGAUGACUUCUACCUGAACCUGGUGGACUGGUCCUCUCUGAACGUCCUCAGUGUUGGCCUUGGGACUUGUGUGUACUUGUGGAGCGCUUGUACGAGCCAGGUAACCCGGCUGUGUGAUCUCUCUGUGGAAGGAGAUUCUGUAACAUCUGUGGGCUGGUCAGAACGGGGGAACUUGGUAGCUGUUGGCACUCACAAGGGUUUUGUACAGAUCUGGGAUGCAGCUGCAGGAAAAAAGCUCUCCAUGCUGGAGGGGCACACAGCCAGAGUUGGUGCCUUAGCAUGGAAUGCUGACCAGCUAUCUUCUGGGAGUCGAGACCGGAUGAUCCUUCAGAGGGACAUCCGCACACCCCCAUUGCAGUCUGAGCGGCGGCUCCAGGGCCACAGGCAGGAGGUCUGUGGGCUUAAAUGGUCUACAGACCACCAGCUCCUGGCCUCUGGAGGCAACGACAACAAGCUCCUUGUCUGGAAUCACUCCAGCCUGAGUCCUGUCCAACAGUACACCGAGCAUUUGGCAGCAGUGAAAGCUAUUGCCUGGUCUCCACACCAGCACGGACUCCUCGCCUCUGGUGGUGGCACCGCUGACCGCUGCAUACGUUUCUGGAACACACUCACGGGGCAGCCCUUGCAGUGCAUUGACACCGGGUCACAAGUGUGCAACCUGGCCUGGUCCAAACAUGCCAAUGAGCUGGUGAGUACCCAUGGCUACUCGCAGAACCAGAUCCUCGUCUGGAAAUACCCCUCCUUAACUCAAGUAGCAAAGCUCACAGGGCAUUCAUACAGAGUCUUGUAUCUGGCAAUGUCCCCUGAUGGGGAGGCCAUAGUCACAGGAGCUGGAGAUGAAACCCUCCGUUUCUGGAAUGUCUUCAGCAAAACUCGCUCAACAAAGGAGUCAGUAUCCGUUCUCAACCUCUUCACCAGGAUACGAUAAACCCUCGUGCUGAGACCCAGGAGACUGCAGGCUGCCAUACCAGGAUGAAACCACUACCUUGGUGUGCAUGGACCCCCAAGUGAUUCACCAGAAGGGGAGGGGGUGCCAGUGGGCCUGGAGGAUGGACCCAAGAGAUGAUCAUUAAAUACGUGCUUGUGAA